GGAAGGCGUUCAAACACGAUGUGGACCGGUGAUGAAGACAGCCAGUUUGCCGUGGAAGAUGUGUGGCCAGCACGCCCGGAGUCCUGCACGCUAACGUUUUUUGUGAAUCUCCUUCAGUUGAGCGACGAGUAUAAAAGCCAAGACGAGUUUAAACUGUCGCUCCACUGCGGUUCAUCAGAUGUAGACACAAAGGGAACGUUGGAUGAGCUGAACGAAGAAAAGCUGGGAAAUGCUGUGCGGCUGCAAGGUGACGGUUGUCUGGAGAAGUUUCUGCAAUUUCUUAACGAAAAUUCCAUCGAGGUGAAGCUGCUCAAGCAAGGAUGCAUCUUUGCUAGUACCGUGAUGAAUCUUAGGGAUACCAAAGUGGCGCAGUUCGUUUCGAUCCGUGAGCAAGGAAAACCGAUAGAAGUCGCGUUCGCUUUACACGGUCCGACCACUGGCUCGGCUCCCGUUGGGACUGUGCGUAUGAUACUGGAAGUGUCGGUAAAUGAUGUGUCCUCGCCAGCGACCGGUAACAGUGGUAGGAACAGUGCUGGCGAAACGAGUCUUAUAUACAUUAUAAACGACGAAGAACAUGGUAACCCCUCAGGAAAGGACGCGAUCACCUGUGACAAGUGCAGCGGUCUACGAUCCCCAGACGGCGGUGGCUUCCAGUACGAGCUCAUAGACGGCAUCCUUCACGAGAAGACCGUCAGCAGUACCGAGCAAGAGAUAAAGCGAAUUCAGCAGAAGGUACGGACACUCACUGUGGAUGAGCUGAUCGAGCAGCGCGAUUCGUUUAGUCCCGAUGGGCCAGAUGGUCCGAGCGGACGUUGUUGUAAUCGAUGCGGUGGCCUCACGAUUACCGGAACUACUUGUGAAACAGAUUUGGCGAUUCGCGUCAUUACACCGGCGCCAAAGCGCAACUCUGCAACCCGGGGGCAAAUAAGCUCCGGCAUGGUAUGAGUCGGUAAGAGUUCGUUGCUCCUUAAUUGUUGCUUGGUUAGAUAACUGGACCCAUCCCAUCUCAUCGCUUACAGUUACUGCGAACGUUGCAAUGCAUGCCUUAGCUGGCUACCGGAUUACUGUCGAUGCCCCAAAUGUGGCCACAAGAAGCCCCAAGACAAGAGUGCUCCUCUGGAAGGUCGUGCGCGUGGACCGUGGUCCGGUCCGGAACCCGCCAAUCUGCCAGACGACCGAGUCUCAUCGAGCUCCCUGUCCGGGAGCACAUUGGUCGCUUCUUCCCAUUCCUGUCCAAUUUGCCACCUACGUCAGGGCCGAUGCACCGAUUGUGCGAAACAGACACGUCGCUUGCGGAGCGCUUCCUCGGACUCGGGGAGGCAGCAUUAUUCGCGAUGUAAGCGUCCCCAAACCCGUUACCGGAAUCGCACGGGCCAUCGUAACAUUCCAACCGAAGCACGAUCCAGCAAGAACAAGCGGCUAGAGCAACUGCGGAAAGCAUACCUCGAUCCGGCACCGGGGACCAAAUGUUCUGCCUCGAAACUAUUGGCUCACGCUGGUGAAGAAACCGGUGCAAAACGUCCCACAGCAACACAAAUCCGUCACAGCUACAGAUCCUUCCUGCGUAAGGUACGCCAGCAGAACCGAAACCGCUACUCUUACCGCUUUGGCAAGCGGCCACCGGGUAUGGUAGCUGGCCAUCAGUCGUGCAUGAAGCAGGAAGAACUGGUGCCGCCGCACAUGGGCUGGCGCUGGAACAUCUGUACGCCAGGCAUUGGAAAAGUGCGACCCGGUUGGCGCCCCGGGGCCGUUCGAAAACCAAUCAUGCAGCUGAUGCAACACUUUCUCAAGUGCUACCCGCUGGAUAUCGUUCCGGUUUCGUCGAGGAAAUGCGGCAAACUGUGUGGCCCUGGCCAUCCGGCGGACUCCUGUGACCAGUGUCCGAAAGAUACACGGAAACCGAUGCUACAGAUCGCCAAGAAGCACGGCGAGUACUGCAUCACCAUGAACCCGCUGAAGGACUCGGAAACGCUGAAAACGACCAAGGAUCCCUUUCUGCCCUGUAAACCGAUCAAGUUUAAACUGUCGAAAGAUCCACAUCUGACCAAGCUGUACAAGCUGCGCGAGUCGCUCAAGCACAAAUCGAUGACGUUGUGCGGCUGUAAGGAGCUGGAUAGCUGCGAGCAUCAGACAAAGCGCGAGAAGCAGCUACUGGUGGCAGAAAUAAGGCGGAUGGCCAAAGUGUUGGGUCUCUCGCCCGAAACGACCAUCGCCGAUGUGCCGAGUGGCAGUGAAAGUGAUAACGAUGUCGAGUUUACUCCACAGUCCGCCAUGGUACGGGAGGACCUUCCGAAACCCGAUGUCGUGAUCGCAGAGACACAAUACUGCGAACAGGACUAUAGCGUUCCCGCUGGCAAGUAUCCGUAUGGCAGGAAGCUCAUUAAGGUCCCAGUGGCAGCUAAGCGGACUCUUGUUAAAUGUCCUUCUGCCCCUACUACGAAGACAACGGAUCGACCUGGCACUUCCAAAGGACCCACAGGGCGUGCUACUCCUGCCGGAGGAUCGUCUAAGGUGAAACCCGGCACUCAGGCCAAGACACAGGCCAAGGCUAAGGUUGAUGUACCAACCGCUAAAGCAUCUCCAGCCGGUAAACCAGCCGCCGGUGCUAUGAACCAACCCACGGCUAAAGGAGCAGCGAUCCAGCGUAAGAGUACGGUUUCGAAUGCGAAAUCCAGCGGGAAGAACACGGCCACACCGGUACCUAGAGUGACGACCCAACCCGGGAAAUCCUCCAAGAAGUAAGCAUCGCUAGCAAGCUUAGCUUCUGUUUCGUUUUGUUCGUCCUACCCAAAAAACCGGGACCUGCACCGGCAAGCGUUCCAGCAGUUCCGGGAGCCAAGAUUUGACCAAUGGAUUGCCAGAACCAUUUUGCCUUCCCUUUGCCCCACAUACUGUAUGUCUUUUGUAGCAAUGCGUUUUUACGUCAAUUCACGGAU